AUGUUAGAUAUAUCCAGAACAAGACUUACUCCGUGCAAAAUUCGAGCUCUUGAAAGAGACAAAUAUGAAUUCACAAUCAAGAGACAAGAAGUUCUCCAAACGCUAGAAAAUCUACAAACGGAAUCACAAAAAGUUUUGGAUAUCAUAGAAAACCCGGAAGUUAUUGCGGCGCUUCGACAAGAUAAAUUGCAGAAUUUGCAUUUUCUUAAAGAAAAGUAUGGGCUUACGGAGGACAUGGUCAACACACUCUACCAUUCUGGGCAAUUCCAAUAUAAUUGUGGGAAUUAUGGAGGUGCAGCAGAUAUGUUGUAUCAUUAUCGUGUGUUGUCAACAGAUCAUGAACAGAAUCUCUCGGCGUUAUGGGGAAAACUAGCGUCCGAGAUUCUCGCCAUUGAUUGGGACAAUGCGUUAGAAGAGCUUCAAAAAUUACGGGAAACUAUAGAUCAAAAGAACUUUGCGUCAGCGCUCCAUCAGCUGCAGCAACGCGCCUGGUUCAUUCACUGGUCGAUAUUUGUAUUUUUCAACCACCCCAAAGGCCGGGAUGGCAUCAUCGACGUAUUCUUCCAACCGCAGUAUAUCAACACCAUCCAAACCUCGUGUCCGUGGAUCCUUCGAUACCUUACAACCGCCGUCGUAACAAACAAACGGCGUAAGAACAUCCUCAAAGAUCUCGUGAAAAUAAUACAACAAGAGAGUUACGAGUACCGAGAUCCGAUCACCGAGUUUAUCGAAUGUUUGUACGUGAAUUUUGAUUUUGAGGGCGCGCAGCACAAGUUGAAGGAGUGCGAACAGAACACGGUCAUCAUGAACCAAAAUCACACCUCAAUCUAUCAACAAGCAAUAGAACGCACCAAAGGUUUAUCAUUCCGUUCGCAAGUGUUAGCAUCUACCAUUGAAAAACGUGAAUCACAUAAUCAGAAUCCAAAUGCAAUUGAAUAA